GUGACUGAAGCUGCAUCGUGUCCGUGUCAUUUUCUGUUUCCUCUUAUACGGGAAUGGAAGUUCAUAUCCAAAAAAAUUCCCAAACAAAUCUGUCCUCUUCAGAUGAUUUGGCAUUAAGAGGACGGGCUGUGCAGUCAUCCACAGCAUAUGGUUGGGUAGCAUCAAAUGCCAUUGACAAUUCACCCUUAACCUGCACCCAUACUGACACAUCUGAUAACCCCUGGUGGAGACUGGAUCUUCUGGAUUCUUACAACAUCUCUACAGUCGUCAUCACUAACAGAAAAGAUUGCUGUGCGGAGCGACUCAAUGGAGCAGAAAUUCGUAUCGGAAACUCUUUGGAAAACAACGGCAACAAUAAUCCCAGAUAUGCUGUGCUGAAUGGUGUUGCAGCGGGUCAGUCUGUGUCUGUGUCCUGUUACAAUACGAACGGACAAUAUGUGAACGUCGUCAUACCUGGAAGUUCAAAAAUUCUUUCUCUUGCUAAAGUGGAGGUGUAUCAGGCAGAUGAUUUGGCAUUAAGAGGACGGGCUGUGCAGUCAUCCACAGCAUAUGGUUGGGUAGCAUCAAAUGCCAUUGACAAUUUACCCUUAACCUGCACCCAUACUGACACGUCUGAUAACCCCUGGUGGAGACUGGAUCUUCUGGAUUCUUACUACAUCUCUACAGUCGUCAUCACUAACAGAAAAGACUGCUGUGCGGAGCGACUCAACGGAGCAGAAAUUCGUAUCGGAAACUCUUUGGAAAACAACGGCAACAAUAAUCCCAGAUAUGCUGUGCUGAAUGGUGUUGCAGCGGGUCAGUCUGUGUCUGUGUCCUGUCACAAUACGAACGGACGAUAUGUGAACGUCAUCAUACCUGGAAGUUCAAAAAUUCUUUCUCUUGCUAAAGUGGAGGUGUAUCAGGCAGAUGAUUUGGCAUUAAGAGGACGGGCUGUACAGUCAUCCACAGCAUAUGGUUGGGUAGCAUCAAAUGCCAUUGACAAUUUACCCUUCACCUGCACCCAUACUGACACAUCUGAUAACCCCUGGUGGAGACUGGAUCUUCUGGAUUCUUACUACAUCUCUACAGUCGUCAUCACUAACAGAAAAGACUGCUGUGCGGAGCGACUCAACGGAGCAGAAAUUCGUAUUGGAAACUCUUUGGAAAACAAUGGAAACAAUAAUCCCAGAUAUGCUGUGCUGAAUGGUGUGGCAGCUGGUCAGUCUGUGUCUGUGUCUUGUCACAAUAUAAACGGACGAUAUGUGAACGUCAUCAUACCUGGAUGUUCAAAAAUUCUUUCUCUUGCUAAAGUGGAGGUGUAUCAGGCAGAGGAUUUGGCAUUAAGAGGACGGGCUGUACAGUCAUCCACAGCAUAUGGUUGGGUAGCAUCAAAUGCCAUUGACAAUUUACCCUUCACCUGCACCCAUACUGACACAUCUGAUAACCCCUGGUGGAGACUGGAUCUUCUGGAUUCUUACUAUAUCUCUACAGUUGUCAUCACUAACAGAAAAGACUGCUGUGCGGAGCGACUCAAUGGAGCAGAAAUACGUAUCGGAAACUCUUUGGAAAACAACGGCAACAAUAAUCCCAGAUAUGCUGUGCUGAAUGGUGUGGCAGCGGGUCAGUCUGUGUCUGUGUCCUGUCACAAUUCGAACGGACGAUAUGUGAACGUCAUCAUACCUGGACAUUCAAAAAUUCUUUCUCUUGCUAAAGUGGAGGUGUAUAAGGCAGAGGAUUUGGCAUUAAGAGGACGGGCUGUGCAGUCAUCCACAGGAUAUGGUUGGGAAGCAUCAAAUGCCAUUGACAAUUUACCCUUCACCUGCACCCAUACAGACACAUCUGAUAACCCCUGGUGGAGACUGGAUCUUCUGGAUUCUUACUACAUCUCUACAGUCGUCAUCACUAACAGAAAAGACUGCUGUGCGGAGCGCCUCAACGGAGCAGAAAUUCGUAUCGGAAACUCUUUGGAAAACAAUGGAAACAAUAAUCCCAGAUAUGCUGUGCUGAAUGGUGUGCCAGCUGGUCAGUCUGUGUCUGUGUCCGGUCACAAUAUGAACGGGCGAUAUGUGAAUGUCAUCAUACCUGGAAGUUCAAAAAUUCUUUCUCUUGCUAAAGUGGAGGUGUAUAAGGCAGAGGAUUUGGCAUUAAGAGGACGGGCUGUACAGUCAUCCACAGGAUAUGGUUGGGAAGCAUCAAAUGCCAUUGACAAUUUACCAUUCACCUGCACCCAUACUGACACAUCUGAUAACCCCUGGUGGAGACUGGAUCUUCUGGAUUCUUACUACAUCUCUACAGUCGUCAUCACUAACAGAAAAGACUGCUGUGCGGAGCGACUCAAUGGAGCAGAAAUUCGUAUCGGAAACUCUUUGGAAAACAACGGCAACAAUAAUCCCAGAUAUGCUGUGCUGAAUGGUUUGGCAGCGGGUCAGUCUGUGUCUGUGUCCUGUCACAAUAUAAACGGACGUUAUGUGAACGUCAUCAUACCUGGACGUUCAAAAAUUCUUUCUAUUGCUAAAGUGGAGGUGUAUCAGGCAGAGGAUUUGGCAUUAAGAGGACGGGCUGUACAGUCAUCCACAGCAUAUGGUUGGGUAGCAUCAAAUGCCAUUGACAAUUUACCCUUCACCUGCACCCAUACUGACACAUCUGAUAACCCCUGGUGGAGACUGGAUCUUCUGGAUUCUUACUACAUCUCUACAGUCGUCAUCACAAACAGAAAAGACUGCUGUGCGGAGCGACUCAACGGAGCAGAAAUUCGUAUUGGAAACUCUUUGGAAAACAACUGCAACAAUAAUCCCAGAUAUGCUGUGCUGAAUGGUGUGGCAGCGGGUCAGUCUGUGUCUGUGUCCUGUCACAAUAUAAACGGACGUUAUGUGAACGUCAUCAUACCUGGACGUUCAAAAAUUCUUUCUCUUGCUAAAGUGGAGGUGUAUCAGGCAGAGGAUUUGGCAUUAAGAGGACGGGCUGUGCAGUCAUCCACAGCAUAUGGUUGGGUAGCAUCAAAUGCCAUUGACAAUUUACCCUUAACCUGCACCCAUACUGACACAUCUGAUAACCCCUGGUGGAGACUGGAUCUUCUGGAUUCUUACUACAUCUCUACAGUCGUCAUAACUAACAGAAAAGACUGCUGUGCGGAGCGACUCAACGGAGCAGAAAUUCGUAUCGGAAACUCUCUAAAAAACAAUGGCAACAAUAAUCCCAGAUGUGUUGUGCUGAAUGGUGUUGCAGCGGGUCAGUCUGUGUCUGUGUCCUGUCACAAUAUGAACGGACGAUAUGUGAACGUCAUCAUACCUGGAAGUUCAAAAAUUCUUUCUCUUGCUAAAGUGGAGGUGUAUAAAGCAGAGAAUUUGGCAUUAAAAGGACGGGCUGUACAGUCAUCCACAGGAUAUGGUUGGGUAGCAUCAAAUGCCAUUGACAAUUCACCCUUAACCUGCACCCAUACUGACACAUCUGAUAACCCCUGGUGGAGACUGGAUCUUCUGGAUUCUUACUACAUCUCUAGAGUCGUCAUCACUAACAGAAAAGACUGCUGUGCGGAUCGACUCGACGGAGCAGAAAUUCGUAUUGGAAACUCUUUGGAAAACAACGGCAACAAUAAUCCCAGAUGUGCUGUGCUGGAUGGUGUGGCAGCGGGUCAGUCUGUGUCUGUGUCCUGUGACAAUAUGAACGGACGAUAUGUGAACGUCAUCAUACCUGGAAGUUCAAAAAUUCUUUCUCUUGCUCAAGUGGAGGUGUAUAAAGCAGAUGAUUUGGCAUUAAGAGGACGGGCUGUGCAGUCAUCCACAGCAUAUGGUUGGGUAGCAUCAAAUGCCAUUGACAAUUCACCCUUAACCUGCACCCAUACUGACACAUCUGAUAACCCCUGGUGGAGACUGGAUCUUCUGGAUUCUUACUACAUCUCUACAGUCGUCAUCACUAACAGAGGAGACUGCUGUGCGGAGCGACUCGACGGAGCAGAAAUUCUAAUCGGAAACUCUUUGGAAAACAACGGAAACAAUAAUCCCAGAUGUGCUGUGCUGAAUGGUGUGGCAGCGGGUCAGUCUGUGUCUGUGAACUGUCACAAUAGAAACGGACGAUACGUGAACGUCAUCAUACCUGGACGUUCAAAAAUUCUUUCUCUUGCUAAAGUGGAGGUGUAUCAGGCAGGUACAGGCGUUCUUAGGGGCUAAUCACACCAAACACGCUUUAUACCACUGCUAUGCGGACGACACUCAACUAGGGAUGUCCUGACCUGAUCACGUGAUAGGAAAUCGGCCCUGAUCACGUGGUUUCAGACUCGAUCGGAAGUGGAUGUUAACUCCCCAUCAGGACUCGGAUACAUAUGCAGGGUUUAAAAUCCGGCGUUAAAGUCUCGCUCUGCUCUGCGCCAGUGUACGCGCUGCGCUGGAGCGUGUAAACCUGGGUUUAGAAACAUGGACUUUCCCAAACACCCCUAUCAUUUCAUCAGAAAUGGACUGUUCCAAAAGUACGCGCUGAGGUUGCCAGGUAACGGAGCGGGAGAGAGAACCGUAUAGCGGAGUUGGCUGCACAUUGUAAAUAGUUUAUAGACAGAAACAGGUGGAUUAAGUGCCAAAUUAUUGAAGUGUUUAUUGAUUAUGUACACGUGUGCGUGCACAAACAAACAAACACCAUUUGUUUGUUUUGUAUUGUGAUGGAUCCUACCUUAGAUAUUUUUGUUUAUUUCUAAUCAUUUAUUUACAUAAUCAUUUUAUAAUCAUUAGUUAUCCAUAUGACUUUUGUCCAUAUGAUGUUUCAAUACUAAUAUUAUUAUUAUCAAUUUCAUUAUUAUCACUUUUAUCAUUAUAUUAUUGUUUAUUCAUUUAUUAACUCAUUCAUUAGAUUUCUAUAUUUUAUAUGUCUUAUUGAUUUCAUUAUUGUUCAAUCUCAUGUUUGUGACGUUUCAUGACCUGUCCUGUCUUUGUAAACAGAGAUAGAUAAAGAGAAUGUUUAUGGAAACCCAAGGUUUAUGGGAUGUUACUGUUAAGCAGUUUUGGUAGAACAAUGCAUGUUGAAUUUUUACUCUGCAGACGAGGUUUGAACAUGUAGACUUAUGCAACUGAGACUGUUCAAUAAAACUCUGUUCCUAUUUAUCAUCAAAUAACUUUGUCUC